AUGGGGCAGUGGGACAGUGUUUACCAACUUGGGGCAGGUCACCGUCAACCAGUAAGGGAGCGUGAACCAGUAAGGGAGCGUGAACCAGUAGGGGAGCGUGAACCAGUAAGGGAGCGUGAACCAGUAAGGGAGCGUGAACCAGUAAGGGAGCGUAAACCAGUAAGGGAGCGUGAACCAGUAAGUGAGCGUGAACCAGUAAGGGAGCGUGAACCAGUAAGUGAGCGUGAACCAGUAAGGGAGCGUGAACCAGUAAGUGAGCGAGAACCAGUAAGGGAGCGUGAACCAGUAAGGGAGCGUGAACCAGUAGGGGAGCGUGAACCAGUAAGGGAGCGUGAACCAGUAAGGGAGCGUGAACCAGUAGGGGAGCGUGAACCAGUAAGAGAGCGUGAACCAGUAGGGGAGCGUGAACCAGUAAGGGAGCGUGAACCAGUAAGGGAGCGUGAACCAGUAAGUGAGCGUGAACCAGUAAGGGAGCGUGAACCAGUAGGGGAGCGUGAAACAGUAAGGGAGCGUGAACCAGUAGGGGAGCGUGAACCAGUAAGGGAGCGUGAACCAGUAAGGGAGCAUGAACCAGUAGGGGAGCGUGAACCAGUAAGGGAGCGUAAACCAGUAAGGGAGCGUGAACCAGUAAGUGAGCGUGAACCAGUAAGGGAGCGUGAACCAGUAAGGGAGCGUGAACCAGUAAGGGAGCGUGAACCAGUAGGGGAGCGUGAACCAGUAAGGGAGCGUGAACCAGUAAGGGAGCGUGAACCAGUAAGGGAGCUAAGGGAGCGUGAACCAGUAAGUGAGCGUGAACCAGUAAGGGAGCGUGAACCAGUAAGUGAGCGAGAACCAGUAAGGGAGCGUGAACCAGUAAGGGAGCGUGAACCAGUAGGGGAGCGUGAACCAGUAAGGGAGCGUGAACCAGUAAGGGAGCGUGAACCAGUAGGGGAGCGUGAACCAGUAAGGGAGCGUGAACCAGUAGGGGAGCGUGAACCAGUAAGGGAGCGUGAACCAGUAAGGGAGCCUGAACCAGUAAGUGAGCGUGAACCAGUAAGGGAGCGUGAACCAGUAGGGGAGCGUGAAACAGUAAGGGAGCGUGAACCAGUAGGGGAGCGUGAACCAGUAAGGGAGCGUGAACCAGUAAGGGAGCAUGAACCAGUAGGGGAGCGUGAACCAGUAAGGGAGCGUAAACCAGUAAGGGAGCGUGAACCAGUAAGUGAGUGUGAACCAGUAAGGGAGCGUGAACCAGUAAGUGAGCGUGAACCAGUAAGGGAGCGUGAACCAGUAAGUGAGCGAGAACCAGUAAGGGAGCGUGAACCAGUAAGGGAGCGUGAACCAGUAGGGGAGCGUGAACCAGUAAGGGAGCGUGAACCAGUAGGGGAGCGUGAACCAGUAAGGGAGCGUGAACCAGUAAGGGAGCGUGAACCAGUAAGUGAGCGUGAACCAGUAAGGGAGCGUGAACCAGUAGGGGAGCGUGAAACAGUAAGGGAGCGUGAACCAGUAGGGGAGCGUGAACCAGUAAGGGAGCGUGAACCACGUGAACCAGUAAGGGAGCAUGAACCAGUAAGGGAGCGUGAACCAGUAAGGGAGCGUGAACCAGUAAGUGAGCGUGAACCAGUAAGGGAGCGUGAACCAGUAAGGGAGCGUGAACCAGUAAGGGAGCGUGAACCAGUAAGGGAGCGUGAACCAGUAAGGGAGCGUGAACCAGUAAGGGAGCGUGAACCAGUAAGUGAGCGUGAACCAGUAAGGGAGCGUGAACCAGUAAGGGAGCGUGAACCAGUAAGGGAGCGUGAACCAGUAAGGGAGCGUGAACCAGUAAGGGAGCGUGAACCAGUAAGGGAGCGUGAACCAGUAAGGGAGCGUGAACCAGUAGGGGAGCGUGAACUAGUAAGGGAGCCUGAACCAGUAGGGGAGCAUGAACCAGUAAGGGAGCGUGAAUCAGUAGGGGAGCGUGAACCAGUAAGGGAGCGUGAACCAGUAAGGGAGCGUGAACCAGUAAGUGAGCGUGAAUCAGUAGGGGAGCGUGAACCAGUAGGGGAGCGUGAACCAGUAAGGGAGCGUGAACCAGUAAGGGAGCGUGAACCAGUAAGGGAGCGUGAACCAGUAAGGGAGCGUGAACCAGUAAGGGAGCGUGAACCAGUAGGGGAGCGUGAACCAGUAGGGGAGCGUGAACCAGUAAGGGAGCGUGAACCAGUAAGGGAGCGUGAACCAGUAGGGGAGCGUGAACCAGUAGGGGAGCGUGAACUAGUAAGGGAGCCUGAACCAGUAGGGGAGCGUGAAACAGUAAGGGAGCGUGAAUCAGUAAGGGAGCGUGAACCAGUAAGGGAGCGUGAACUAGUAAGGGAGCCUGAACCAGUAAGGGAGCGUGAACCAGUAAGGGAGCGUGAACCAGUAAGGGAGCGUGAACCAGUAAGGGAGCGUGAACCAGUAGGGGAGCGUGAACUAGUAAGGGAGCCUGAACCAGUAGGGGAGCGUGAACCAGUAAGGGAGCGUGAAUCAGUAGGGGAGCGUGAACCAGUAAGGGAGCGUGAACCAGUAAGGGAGCGUGAACCAGUAAGGGAGCGUGAACCAGUAAGGGAGCGUGAACCAGUAAGGGAGCGUGAACCAGUAAGGGAGCGUGAACCAGUAGGGGAGCGUGAACCAGUAGGGGAGCGUGAACCAGUAAGGGAGCGUGAACCAGUAAGGGAGCGUGAACCAGUAGGGGAGCGUGAACCAGUAAGGGAGCCUGAACCAGUAGGGGAGCGUGAACCAGUAAGGGAGCGUGAAUCAGUAAGGGAGCGUGAACCAGUAAGGGAGCGUGAACCAGUAAGGGAGCGUGAACUAGUAAGGGAGCCUGAACCAGUAAGUGAGCGUGAACCAGUAAGGGAGCGUGAACCAGUAAGGGAGCGUGAACUAGUAAGGGAGCCUGAACCAGUAAGGGAGCGUGAACCAGUAAGGGAGCGUGAACCAGAAAGGGAGCGUGAACCAGUAAGGGAGCGUGAACCAGUAAGGGAGCGUGAACCAGUAGGGGAGCGUGAACCAGUAGGGAGCGUGAACCAGGAGCGUGAAUCAGUAAGGGAGCGUGAAUCAGUAAGGGAGCGUGAACCAGUAAGGGAGCGUGAAUCAGUAAGGGAGCGUGAACCAGUAAGGGAGCGUGAACCAGUAGGGGAGCGUGAACCAGUAGGGGAGCGUGAACCAGUAAGGGAGCGUGAAUCAGCAGGGGAGCGUGAACCAAUAAGCGGCGAGGAGUUUAACGCAAUGGUUAUAGACCGAUCCUUAACAAUCCACAAGGUGGAAGAGACCCAUCAGAUUCAAUGUAGCCAUCCAGUCAUUAACAAUAAUUCAACACAAUGUUCUAUGCUGGACUCUGCACAGAGCAUUGGAACUCAGCAACUUGUACAGAGAAAUAGACCCUGA